AGCGUGCGAGCUGGGCUAUCGCUGCCAUCCCCGUCAAGAUCCGCCCUCCUUCUGUCCUGCCCCCGGCGCUGCCUCCGUGUCGAGCCCGCCGCCGGUGGUCACCUCGCCGUGCCUGCCGCGGCCGGUAGGCCCUUCCUCGAGCUCGAGAUGAGCGAAAGGAACAAGAGAGCAAAGGAACUAUACAAUUCUAGCUGAAGAAAAUCUAAUGUACAGAGCUAACUAACGCUAUCUACCCAGGGUUUAAAGGUGCAUGAUGUCUUCAGAGGAGCUGAGGACAAGCUUUUCAGAUUUUGUGGUGAGUUCGUCAACCCGGAAAGAGGGCCAAACUAAUUCUUCAGGUGAUUCGUCAUCCGAAGGGGGCCUCCAAGUGACUUGCUUCACAGAGGACCUUCAUGAUGUCACACUUCAUUUUCAGAUAGUGAGGUUCACUAAACAGAUCUAUGUGUGGGUUGGAUGCAACACAGCAAAAUUUGGCCAUCUGUAUGCUGCUGCAACCACUAGGCCUGAUAACAGAGUGAGUAUCACCUCUGUACUAGGAGGAACAUCUGACAACACCGGUUCAGGGAUGGCCCGCCGUCUAGUGCUGAAGACUGGUCUGAACAUAGUCCUGGCAUGCAACAUCCCAAAAGGCAGCCCCAUGCUCGAGGCUGCUGCGGAGAGGAAGCUGGUGGAGAAGCUGAAAGGUUUGUGCUACAUGAGACCCAUAGCUGGGGAGGCUAAUACUUCCACUGCACAGUGACAGGUGGUGUGAUCUGGUGAGGCUUCGGUCUUUCACCACUAGAUGCGGGAGGAAAGUUUGUGAUUGUUGGGCUCAAUUGACUGGGUAUCUGACUAUCUGUACAAUGUGGCAAAAGUAUUCUGAAUGAUAGUGCUUGAAACUGGAAUCCGAAGACUUCAUGGAGACGUCGUCACCGACAUGUGGGCCAGCUCAGUGUAUGGGCCCGCCAGUCAGUGACUACGUCACCUGACGUCAAAGUCAGGUGAGCCUCAUCGAACAAAUCUGCUAUUUACUCGGUGCGUGUUUUUUGCGUGUGGGAAGGGUGGGCGGGUCAUCUGUUCUCCAUCACAUGCCAUGUAUGGGGUCUACAGAUUUUUUUUUUUUGAAAGAUGGGGUCUACAGAUUUACCAUAGCAGUUGGCGUCAUCACUCUCUCGGAAUCUAGCUCGCGUUAACUUUUUUCUCUCCAUUUUUUUACUCAUAGUUGUUCCCUGAAUCCCUGUAAGCUAAUACUAUAUAAUUAUACUUCUCUAUAUUCAUUCCGUUGAUUUUUUUUAGGGUUGUUAACACGCUCCCUAAAUUA